AUGCUGGGGAAGAGGGGCCAUCGAGAGUCACCCGGUCGCCGCUCCCACACCGCCGGAGCCGAGCUGUCCUUCUCCGUGAGCCACAUGGAGCGCCUCCUGCGGGAGGGCCACUACGCCCAGCGCCUGAGCUCGUCCGCACCCGUCUACCUAGUGGCCAUCACCCAGUACCUGGCGGCCAGGGUCCUGGAGCUGGCGCGCCAUGAGGCCCAGAACAGCAGCAGGAGGCACCUCACUCCGGAGCCGGUGGACGUGGCGGCCCGCAGCAACGUGCUGCUCAGCGACUUGUUCAGGACUAUAGCACCAUCUCCCAGCCCGGGCGGCCCCGGCCUGCCCGCCGCCUUGGGCACAGUCACUGCGAGUCGAUAA